CAAUAACUUCAGCUUGCAGCUUGAAAGAAACCAUCACAUGCAACAAGACUUUUUUUUGCUCACCGUGCUGGGUUGCCAAGCUUGGUUAAUUGGAUUUCAGACCAGUCCUAAACCGAUCAGCAUUUCACCUGCAGCCUUCAGCCUCUUCCGAAGUUGACGCCCUUUGCAUUCCCUUCAAGUUGUCGAUUCAACGAUUCCAAUGUCUUUCGCGCAGCAGUUGGGCCGGGUCACAAGUUCUGCUCGUGACAACUUUGUGCAGGAAACUCUUCAGCGUCUCAUGGUAGAGUGUCAGAAUCAUGCAGCUCAGGGGCUUCGGGAGAGUUUUCUUGCACUUGAGCAGCCCUCAUAUUUUCACGAGCAGAAAGCUGCUUUGCAGGGAAGGCUCGAUGCCAUGGGCUUUGACACUUGUCACAUUCAUGAAUACGACGACUUCUCGACCCACCGGGCCAUGUUCGAGAUCCAGGUUGUUUGGAAGGUAGAGUCUCCAGAGCCCGAGGCUGUGUGGCAACAAGGCACCCAUCAAUUUCGACAGAGCCCAAUGUGCCGCCAGGGCACUCGAGCCCCGAAGGCCUUGCCAUGGUGAAACCUGUGGCAGCAACGAGGCAUAGCAAUGGCUGAUGUGGAAAGUGUGGCGCGUUUUGUUCCGGGCUUUCUGCAACCAGCUUUGCUUCGCCAUCACAAAGCGCCAUCGCAGGGCUCCUUGCAGUUUUGCUGAGACCACAGUAGCAUCUAUCCUUGACUGGCGCGUCCAUUUCGCCGGAAGGGAUAAUUUUUAAAAAGGUUCAUGAUGUGAGAAUAUGGAUUCACAUUGAGUCAUGCGCCCUGAGCAUGUUCACAGAAAACAUGCAGCACAGAUGUUUAUUUGAAAGCCCAGAAGAGGCAACACAGAAGCGCUGGCAAACUCUGCAAGCAAAAAAACUCCAAGUGCCAGUGUCUUCUGACGACAGCAUGCUACUGCCAAUG